AUGCCUGAUGCACUGGGAUGGCUGUUUAGCGAGGGUUGGAUUGAUUUAAUUUGGACAGAUGUAAGGAGCGAAUCUGCGCGCUUGAAAUAUGCCAAGCAGUGCAUGUUGUAUGUCGAGCCCAAAGAAAUAGCGUUAACUGUUCCUGGGACCCCUGCCGCCAAAAAGAGUGCUUUUUACUAUGUACCCUUUCAAAGUGUUCUGACGAAUUUGAUGACCACCGACGCUGCUGAGCACAUUCUUGGCUCAAUGGCGGCGUCAGGCAGAGGAAUGUUGAAAGACAUAACUGAUGGAACCUUUACUAGAGCGCUUGUGCGUGACGGUUCUCAAGACACGAUUUUCAUUUUACUCUACACUGACGAGCUGGAGAUUGUCAAUCCCCUGGGGUCAGCUACCGGAGUGCACAAAUUGCUUGUAGUGUAUUUUUCCGUAGUUAAUUUGCACCCUAAGUACAGGUCCCAGCUCUCUUCAAUGCACCUCCUAGCCGUAGUAAAAUACUCAGACGUAAAAACGUUCGGAUUGCAGCAGAUCCUGGAUCCCCUUCUUUCUGAUUUAAGUUUGCUCAGUGAGACCGGUUUUGAUCUGUGCGAUGACGGGGUCACACAUCACGUAACGGUGACAGUCGUGGGUGUUGUUGGGGAUAACCUUUCUUUGCAUCGCGUAGGUGGCUUUAAUUGCUGCUUUUCGAAAGGAAAGAUUUGCAGAUUCUGCUUAGCAUCAUCCAAAGACCUGAGGCGACUGUCCAACGAGGGUCAAUGUAUUAUCCGCACUGCGGAUGCACAAAAGAGCCAAGUAGCGGCAGUAGAAGUAAAUCCAGCCAGCUCCAAGUUGUAUGGGGUGAAAGCAAAAUCUCCGCUACUGGCUUUGCCAGGAUUUGGUGUGUCAGUUCAGCUGCUUCCGGAUGCGAUGCACGAUGUGCUGGAAGGUGGCAUUGCAUUUGUGUUGAAACGAGUGCUGAAGGGAUUAAUGUCUACUCGAGUUCUCGAGUCUACUUGUUUCGACGUGAUUUUCGAGUUUGAGUUUGGGUUUCAUGACAAAAAAUCCAAACCACCUUGUACCAACAGAGCUGAUGGCAAACUCAAAGGCACUGCGAGUCAAAAGUGCUGUUUGUUCCGUUUGUUGCCGCAGCUGCUUGGCGAAGACAUACCCGAAGGAAACAGACAUUGGGAGAUCUAUCUGAAGUACAGAGAAAUUGUUAACAUUGUUCUAGCCGACACUAUUCUUGAGGACGCUGUUGCUUUUCUUGAAAUUCUAGUCGAUGAAUUCCUCAGCGAAUUUGUUAACCUUUAUCCGGGCUCGAAACUAACACCGAAACUUCAUUACCUUCUGCAUUAUCCUCGUUUGAUUAGAAUGUUCGGGCCUCCACGCCGCUAUUGGAGCAUGCGUUUUGAAGCCAAACACGCCUACUUUAAGGCCAUCGCUACUCGUUCGCGAAACUUCAAGAACGUGUGCAAGACGGUGGCUACACGAUAUCAAGCAAAACAGUGUUAUGAAUUUUCAUGCCUUCAGCUCGAUGAGCCACUCAGCACGUCAUGUGGAAAGAAGCUUAGUUGGGAAUCACUGGACGAAAAUGUGCGAGACCUGUUCCCUGAGCAACCAACACCAGACGAAGCCAUGUACAGUGUGAAGUCCGCGACUUUCGAUAAAUGUCAGUACCGAAAUGGGGAUGCACACUGCACUGGCUGGGAAGACGAGCUGCCGGCAUUUUCACAGAUAUUUUUAAUGAUCGUGUUUCGAGGCUCUCUCUUGAUUUUUGUUCAAAAGCUACACACUGUUCGAUUUCGUCGCCAUAGGCAGAGUUACCAAGUCGUUCACUUGAACAAGUACUGCUUGUUUAACCCAAAAGAACAGUGUGAUUACCAUGCGCUUGACUUGUACCGCACACCAAAUGGGAACGAAGUUAUUCCCUACUUCGAACUGUACGAGGGGGUUUAG